GCUGCCAGGGGCUCGUCCUUGUCCAGUUCGCUGUUCGCCAUGUUGGGAGCUGUUGGACGGUGCAGCCUGGGCGUGGUGCAGGCGCUCCGGCCCGUGGUCAGCCCCAUAUCACCGGUAGCGGGUGUACCCGGUGCGCUUUAUUCACGACGGAACUAUGUUGCUCAAGCAAAUCCCUCUGCCAAGGGAGCUGCAGCGAAAGGUCGAAUUGUUGCAGUCAUUGGUGCUGUUGUGGAUGUCCAGUUUGAUGAAGGGCUUCCUCCAAUCCUGAAUGCUCUAGAUGUGACAGGCCGUGAGAGUAGGCUUGUGUUGGAAGUUGCCCAGCAUCUUGGUGAAAACACUGUACGUACAAUUGCUAUGGAUGGUACUGAAGGGUUGGUACGUGGGCAGGAAGUACUGGACACAGGUGCUCCUAUCAGGAUUCCAGUUGGGCCAGAAACUCUUGGCAGAAUCAUGAAUGUCAUUGGUGCACCCAUUGAUGAGAGGGGACCAAUCACCACCAAACAGUAUGCUGCAAUUCAUGCUGAAGCUCCUGAAUUUGUGGAAAUGAGUGUUGAGCAAGAGAUCUUGGUGACUGGCAUCAAAGUUGUAGAUCUACUGGCCCCUUAUGCCAAGGGUGGCAAAAUUGGUCUCUUUGGUGGUGCUGGUGUUGGUAAGACUGUACUUAUCAUGGAACUUAUCAACAAUGUUGCCAAGGCCCAUGGUGGCUACUCUGUAUUUGCUGGAGUAGGUGAGCGUACUCGUGAAGGUAAUGAUUUGUACCAUGAAAUGAUUGAAUCUGGUGUCAUCAACCUGAAAGAUGCAACCUCUAAGGUAGCAUUGGUAUAUGGUCAGAUGAAUGAGCCACCUGGUGCCCGUGCUAGAGUGGCAUUGACUGGAUUAACUGUUGCUGAAUAUUUCCGUGAUCAAGAAGGCCAAGAUGUGCUGCUUUUCAUUGACAACAUUUUUAGGUUCACACAGGCUGGUUCAGAGGUAUCUGCUUUGCUUGGGCGUAUUCCUUCUGCAGUCGGUUAUCAACCAACUCUGGCCACUGACAUGGGUACAAUGCAAGAGCGAAUCACCACCACCAAAAAAGGAUCAAUUACAUCUGUGCAAGCUAUUUAUGUGCCAGCUGAUGAUUUAACUGACCCUGCACCUGCAACAACCUUUGCCCAUUUGGAUGCUACAACUGUAUUGUCACGUGCAAUUGCUGAAUUGGGUAUAUAUCCAGCAGUAGAUCCACUAGAUUCUACUUCCCGUAUAAUGGACCCCAACAUUGUAGGGCAGGAGCACUAUGAAGUUGCCCGUGGUGUACAGAAGAUCCUACAGGAUUAUAAGUCUUUGCAGGAUAUCAUUGCCAUUCUGGGUAUGGAUGAACUAUCAGAAGAAGACCGGCUGACAGUGGCUCGUGCUCGUAAGAUCCAGCGAUUCCUAUCCCAGCCUUUCCAAGUUGCUGAAGUGUUCACUGGUCAUCUUGGAAAGUUGGUGCCUCUCAAGGAGACAAUCAAAGGUUUUCAAAUGAUCCUUCAAGGUGAAUAUGACCACUUGCCUGAGCAGUCCUUCUACAUGGUUGGUCCUAUUGAAGAAGCGGUUGCCAAGGCCCAGAAGUUGGCUGAAGAGCACUCUUAACAUUUGAACAGAAAUGGCUGGUUGUAUUGUAGCUUGUAUGCAUUAUCUUUUAGAUGUAUUGACAUCUUGACAAAGAUUACAAUGUUAUUUAAUGUUUCUACAUCAAAAGAUGAGAAUAAAAGUUGUCUGACCACAAUACCAAA